CCUCUCUGCCCAUCGCAGACUCACCAGAGGAAGCAGGUCACACUGCCAGCUGUCUGCUGAGGGCAGCUGAUAAUGUAAAUGUUGCCAGUGGAAAAGGCAACAUUAAAACACAGAAAUCCUAAGUUAACUUAAACCAGUACUUUGUGUUGACCAGAUUGGAUUACAUGCUGCACCCCUGCAUUGUUGUAAAGGGAAAGGCAUUAGUGUUAGUAAGAUCUAAAAGAUCUGCUGUAUUUUAAUGUCACAGUAGGUCCUGGCAGCGAGUCAACUUGCACCACAUCAGGGCUGUGACUCUGCAGCAGCUAAAUCACAUUUAGCUAAAAUGGAUUGUUUAGAGCUGUGCUGUCACAUCAAGUCACCACAUAAGGAACUCACAUUAAUCAUAAGUGAUAACGGAGACGCUCACCUGGACUCACUCUCUCACACACAGACGCAGUCUAACUGUUUUGCACACAAUCCAGAAUAUUUGUAUGAUAUUGAGUUUCAUGGAGCCUGAGAAUGAGAUCAUGCAUUGAUUCUGCAGAUAUAAAGCUGCUCUUAUCAAUCUUCUCGUUCUUCACUUUGUUUGCCUUAAAUUUUAAUUUCAGACAACCUCCUGAGUCAAAGCAGAGAUAUACUCAGGGAGGUGCAGGUUUAACCUGAUCCAGAGACAGACCCCGUGGAUUUAUCUGUGCCACAUUAGAUAUGGUUUCCUAAACCUUCUCCGCGUUCUACACUGAUGACUCAUGCGCUCCCUUUCCCCCGGUUUCCAAGAACUCAUUUUUAUUUCUAUUAUUCAUGCAUUGGCCACAGUUUACAUCUGCAAAAUGUCGCAACUUUACAACAGAAAAGAGAAGACAUGUAAGUACAAAGGUGGACACCCACUAGAUUCUCUCCAGCUGUCACAUACAGAAUGCAGAUGUUUUUUUAAAGUUGUGUUCAUCUGUUAUGUUUUUCAGCCUCAUACACACAAACACACACACGUGUAUGUGCACACGUCUUGUGUGGAACUGUGCCAUUUGUUCUCACUAGAAGCAGAUCAGCUACUAAUGACCCUAAAAUGUAUAAGCAAACAGUUUUUUUAUAGAAACAGAAGGAGGAGGAACCAGAGAGAGUAGGGGUCUGUAGAAAGUGUGGGCAGCAGUGGAGCAAAUAGACUGGGGGCUGCAUCUGUGUAGGGAAAGGAGGGGGUGUAAUGCGUUCCUGAUGUCCUGGAGUAUGUGGUCAGAGAGAGAGAAACAGAGGCCAAACCAAACUCAUUAGUCAAAGAUCACGCAUGAGAGGAUGGACGUGUGCUUCCUUUCCUUGCUCACUUCAGGAAGCGCACACUCCAGUGGCUGCUCUGGAGCCUAUUUUGGUUGUAGGAUUAGAAGUCAAGCACAAGCCCUCUUCAUUUCACUCUUUGCACCUAGAAGCCAAAUGGGAAAUUUCCCUAAACCAUUAGGCCAAAGGCUGCUGUGUUUUUGCUCAUUUGUUUUGUUUUGUUCAGUAGCCACAGCAUGAAAUUCUCUAGCUGUAGCAGUCAGGUGGAAAUUGAAUGCAGUUUGCUGCACCAUGCGCAUGCGGCAGCUUGGUGAGAGAUGACCUGUGGUGUACACCUCUCAUGGCCCCACAAUCGUCAUGCCAACAUGGUUCUGUUCGAGAAGCUGGUUCUCUGAGGUCGGACCGUUUGAUGAGGGAGGCAAGGGUGUUCCAGAGGAUCUACUCUUCUUCUACCAGAGUCUCCGUCAGGGAGGGGGCCUGUUCAGAGUGGACCAGUGCUUGCUGGUCUAUCGUUACCAUGAGAAGGCCGCCACGCAUUCUGUGACUGAGGACACUAUUUGGAAACUGCGUGUAGAUUUCCUUCAGGAGAGAGUCCUCAGCCAAUGGGAAAGCUUCACCAUAUGGAAUGCUGGGAAACAGGGUCGUAAGCUGUACCGGUGCUUGAGCCCAACCAAUCAGAAGAAAGUCAAAGCUUUCUGUGAUGUGGACGAGAACAAGAUCCAGAAAGGCUUUUAUACCUACGAGGACUCCGAGGAGAGACCUAAGCCAAAGAUCCCAGUCGUUCACUAUAAAGACGCCGCGGCGCCCUUCAUCAUCUGUGUUAAACUGGACAUGACAGGAGGCGUUCUGGAGCAAAACCUCAACUCUUUGCAGUUGAAAGAAGGAAUAGAUUACUUCCAUUUCAACUGACUGCUCAGCGAUGGGGGCAAAAUUAGCCCUGAAACUUCAAAAGGCAAAGGAAUGUGGAUUACUUAUUAAACUCAACCUAAGGGAUAGGCAGGUACAAACCGGACAAGGACAAUAGAAUUGAAUACCUUUAUUGACCCGCGACGGGAAAAUUACCAAAUUACCAAGCGAAGGUUACAUUGUGUGUAUGUAUGUAUAUAUAUAUAUAUAUGUUUUUAUUGAGAAACAAGACACUGGAUGUUAAAUAAAAAUAAUUAGACUUAUUUUGGCCUAAGACCUGGGAAAACAAAAACUAUGCAAACUAUGUGGAACAAAUUAACAGCAAAGUCAAUGUGAUUUUUGGAUAAAGGUUUGUCUGCUGUACAUGUAUGUUUAGAUGGAAUCCCGCCUUAAUAUAUAAUCCAGCUAAGCAAAACUAUGCGGUUGCUUAGAUACAGUACCAGUAUUGAUCUCUGCAACUAUAUCCCCAUAUUUUAUAGAAAUCUGAGCAUAUCUGAUUAGGCAGAAGUGGCUGUGGCCUGUUUUAGAGUGGAAGGAAAUCAGAACUGAACUGAAGCGCUUUCUUCACAGGACACGUCUGUAGAUCCCAUUGCUGGGAUCAACAAAGUUUUUUCUGUAGAUUUGCUGAUUUUUACAGUUGACCACUGAUAGAAUAAAACUUAUGAAAUGGG